GCGCCCAUUUUGUCCAAAGAUAUUCUUUGGCGUUUUCCGCUAAUUUCGAUGCUUCAUAGAUAUAUCUUCAAAUUUCAUUACAUUUUCUCAAGACAUGCUUAUUGAGUUUUCCUAAAUCUUUGUGAGUUUCUACAGAAAGAGUUCAGUUUUGCUAUCGAUUCAAAUUCUGAAGCAAGGGUUCGAAUCCUGUAGGGAGGAUAUCUAUGGGCAGAGCAAAGUCGUCCGACCGUAUUGUACGCUGCAAAUUGCAUAUUUACUGUUUUGCGUGUCGCUCCUGUUGUCCUUGUUGUCGAGCCUAGUAGUGCCCAUGUCGUACUAUAUGACGAAUCAGAGGUAAUUGUGGAACUUCAAUAUUUUUUUCGAACCGUACAAUCCAUUGUGCAUUUGAAGGGAAUUAAGAAAUUGCUCACUGUCUGCUUUACUUCGGACAGAUGAUACUGAAAAACACUCAAACCCUAUGACCUCAAGCACUAUUUACUAAUCAGGGCUAUUCGUAAUACCCACAAAAAGAUAACUUUGAAAGCUUAAUAGCCAUGUUUUUUAAAAGCAAGGAACUGAGAGUAAUGAAAAUAUUGAAAACCUAAAAUCAAGUUUUUCAAAAAGAACGGAACUGCAAUUUAGUACCCUUUUCUGUUUUUUUUUUCGGGUUUAAUUGAAUGGGUUUCUCAGAAGAUAUGGAAUCUACGGAUAUGAAGCCCGAUUUAUCGCUUGGUUUUUUCCCCAUUCAUGGGGGUGCUGAUCCACCUUCCGUGCACACGCCGAUGUCAGUUUCCAUUUCAAAUUCACUUCAAUUGAGCAUGGGCAAUGGGGACGUUAAGGGUAGCUCUUUCACAGACCAAAAUUCAUGGCAACAUGGCUCAGUCCAAUCUGAAAGUAGCAAUAGCAAUCUCAAUACACUUCUACAAAUGUCCCACGAUGGUCCUCAGUUGCAAUUAAUGGGUCACUCUGAAAUCAGUAGCAGCAAUAACACCAACAAUACCAUUCACGUGAUAGGCGUGGCACCAAAGCGUGAAUGUAGUCCUCUAGGCCCUUUCAGAAUGAAAAGGAGAAGGGAUGAUGAGGAUUCACCUGUAAUUCCACAGCAACAGGCCAGACAUGCAUACGGAUCUUCCUCGCCUUCUAUGCGCUCAGGAACUCCACCGAGGAGCCCUCAUCACAGUAACAAUGCCAAUCAAGUGAAUCAAAAUGGUCGUCAGUAUGUCCAGAAUAUCCCGAUGAAUAUGCAUACAGGUAGCGUGAGUAUGAGUAUGACCCCCCCUUACUCAUCAGAGCCCCAUUCACAACCUCAAAGCCCCAUUCACAAGCCAGUUCCCUGCUUACAGGGACUACAAGCACAAAGGUCUUCUAAUCAGAAUUCUUGUAAUGUUUCUUCCCCUCUGCAUACUUUUCAGUUGUCUCCCCAUGCCAGUGCCUUUCACGAACCCAAUUCCUCAUGUUCUGACAUGGAGACACGGAGAGGUGCGGUCAGAGCAUGGGGAAACCAGCCUCUGUCUGCAGCAGAUCCUGACUUGUGGGACAUCAUGGAGAAGGAGAAACAGAGGCAGUGGAAGGGGAUUGAACUCAUUGCAUCAGAAAAUUUUGUUUGCCAGGCUGUCAUAGAAGCUCUGGGGAGUCAUUUAACUAAUAAGUACUCGGAGGGGUUGCCGGGUGCACGUUACUAUGGAGGUAAUGAGUAUAUUGAUCAGAUUGAGUCCAUGUGCUGCCAGAGAGCUCUGACAGCAUUUCAUCUGGAACCUGAAAAAUGGGGCGUGAAUGUUCAACCUUAUUCAUGUACUUCUGCAAACUUUGCUGUUUAUACUGCUCUUUUGCUACCGAAGGAUCGGAUUAUGGGUCUUGACUCUCCAUCUGGAGGCCAUUUGAGCCAUGGAUAUUAUACAUCUAGUGGCAAGAAAGUCUCAGCCUCUUCCAUCUUUUUUGAGAGUUUUCCUUACAAGGUCAAUCCGCAGACAGGUUAUAUUGACUACGAGAAAUUGGAGGAGAAAGCGCUUGAUUUUCGUCCAAAGAUCUUAAUUUGUGGUGGGAGCUCCUAUCCAAGGGAAUGGGACUAUGCACGAUUUAGACAAAUUGCUGAUAAGUGUGGGGCCACUCUUAUGUGUGAUAUGGCUCAUAUCAGUGGCCUUGUUGCAGCUAAGGAAUGUUUGAGUCCAUUUGAUUAUUGUGACAUUGUCACAUCGACAACUCACAAGAGUCUUAGGGGUCCAAGGGGUGGAAUAAUCUUCUAUCGGAAAGGACUUAAACCACGGAAGCGAGGCUCAUGUCUUCAUCAAGCAGAUGACAGUGGGCAUUAUGAGUUUGAGGAAAGGAUAAAUUUUGCAGUUUUCCCAUCACUGCAGGGUGGACCACAUAACAAUCACAUUGCUGCUUUAGCUGUUGCAUUCAAGCAAGUAGCCACACCUGAUUAUACAGCAUAUAUGCAGCAGGUUAAGAGGAAUGCACAGGCAUUGGCAUCUGCUUUACUGAAAAGAAACUGCAAAUUGGUCACAGGAGGAACAGACAAUCAUUUAUUAUUGUGGGAUUUGAGGCCUUUGGGACUGACAGGGAAUCGUUAUGAGAAGGUCUGUGAAAUGUGUCAUAUAACAGUAAAUAAAAAUGCUGUUUUUGGCGACAGUGGUGCUGUGUCUCCUGGGGGCGUGCGCAUUGGAACACCAGCAAUGACUUCAAGAGGUUGUGUGGAGGAAGACUUUGAGAUCAUUGCAGAAUUUCUUUUCAAGGCUGCACAGAUAGCAAGUACUGUUCUAAGAGAACAUAGCAAAUUGCAGAAGGAUUGCUCUGUUCUCAGAGAACAUGGCAAAUUGCAAAAGGAUUUUCUCAAGGGCCUGGUGAACAACAAGGAGAUUCUUGAGUUAAGGGCUAGUGUAGAGAAGUUUGCUUCCCAGUUUGAAAUGCCUGGUUUUGAAGUUUCAACCAUGAAGUACAAUAAUUGAAUCAAAAUGUUCUUUUGACUAGUCAAUGUUGUCAUUGAUCCUAUCAUUUUUAAGCAUACAUGAUGGCAUGGCUUAUCUAGAGCUUAUACUAGCCUAGCAUAUCCCAGGCAUGAUGGAUAAGAAGGGUAUCUAUCUGACAGGAAGUUGAAAGAAAAAACUAAUAAUAAAAUGGUAUGUAUCAUGUCAUUUGCUGCAAUCAUCUUAACACCAUUUACUGUUGCUAAAGUAUAUCAUGCUUUGAUAUUCUGAAAAAUGCUAGGCCAACAUCACAGGAGGAUGGCAUUGGCAUACAAAGGGUCUAAACUUUCAGAGACAUCUACAUGGAAGACCAUGAGAGUAUUUGUUAUAGAUUAUUUGACCAAACCAGCGUUGUGAAUUGUCAAUGAGCUCAACCAAAACUGCUAUAUUUUCACCCUGCAAAUUGACUUCAAAUUUGUUCAGAAAAGUUGAAAUUCUUUUGAUACAUAUAUUGGGUUUGAAUAUAAGAGCAGCACAUGAUCAGUGGUUAAAUUAAUGAGUGUUAUGCUGGGUGAUUACGCUGACUAGGUUUUUGAUCCAUUUAAACAAAAAGGCUGCAGACAAGCUUCAGAAGAGACCAAGAAUUGAGCAUUACAAGGCAAGUUGUGAAUGAUUUGAGCCAUUUUCCAUCCGUUGUGACUUGAAAAGUACAACUUGCUGAGUAAAAUUUAUCCAUGAAAAUGAUGUAUAUUGUGGACUGGAUGCUAGUAGUGUAGCUGUGUAAAGGUCACAUGUUUUGCUGUUUCAAGAUCUGUUGCAUGAUGUAAUUUUUGAAUUUAAUGAAUUAAACUGGGAAGGAAAGAAUCGCAUGAAUUA